AUGGAGAACGGCGUCAGGCUGGAGGAGCCUCGGAUCAGGUACUACGAGACCUUGGACACGGUCAAUGAGGCGAUCUUUCCAGACUUGAGCGGAAAGUCACUCGUGAGUGCGCUCACGAGGCAUCAGGUAUUCAGGCAAGCUGGAACGGAUUGCGGGUACUGGGUCAUGCAUUACCUUGAGCUGGAGGUCAGGGGGCUGUCAGGUGAGGGCGGCGCUCCGAUCGCCACGCCGAGGAUCCGGAAGAAGGCGGAAGAGAACCAGACAUUGAGGCAGGAGGUCAAGGACGCCGGCAGGAAGUUCAUGGAACAUCAGAUCCAUGAGGCUUCAGGUAAAUCUUCCAAACCUGCUGGUCAGGGAGGCGCUCAGAAGGAGGUGGCCAAGGAGGCGCCUGAGGCUCCGCCUCAGGGCAAGCCCGCAGCGGAGACGCAGGCUCAGGGCGAGGCCGCUGCCGAGGCGAAGGCUCUGGCGAAGGCCGCUGCGCAGGCGGGGGCUCAGGAGAGUGCCGCUGCUGAGGCCGAGGCGCAGGUCAAGGCAGCUGCUGAGGCGAAGGCCCAGGCCAAGGCCGCUGCGCAGGCGGAGGCUCAGGGGAAGGCCGCUGCCGAGGCCGAGGCGCAGGUCAAGGCAGCUGCUCAGGCGGAGGCUCAGGCCAAGGCCGCUGCUGAGGGGAACGCUCAGGCUAAGGGCGCUUCUGAGACGGAGGCUCAACCCAAGGCUGCUGCUGAGGCAGAAGCUCGGGCGAAGGCCCCUGGCGAGGCGGAGGCUGGCGCCAAGGCCAAGGCCGCGGCUGCCGAGGGGAUGGCUCAGAAGGAAGCCCAGGAACAGCUGGCAGCGUCGGAGCGUAAGGAGAAGGGACAGAGGGGCUUCGAGAAAUGGCUGAGGAGCUUGCCGUUGCCGGUUCUUCAGGCAGCGUUCGACCAGAUCCAGUUCGCGAGCCUGAACAAGGACGAGUGUCAGGCGUACGUCAGCCACAUGGAGAUGAUCCAGACAGUGCAGGUAUGUGCUAAGGGCGAGUACCGCUCAGGCUGCGUCGCGUGCAGCCAUGAGCAC